AUGGCCCGAAGCUCUGAUUCUCAAUCAAGCAGCACUCCCAUUCUAUACCAAGCCACUUUUGAAGACAUACCCGCAAUCAAAUCAAUGGUAAACUCUGCAUACUCAAAAUACAUCCCACGUAUCGGGAAGCCUCCAGCUCCCAUGUCCGAAGACUGGGAGCAAGCGAUGAGAGUACAUGAAGUCAUGAUGCUCAAAGACAACGACCAAUCUGUCGGCUCGAUUGAUUUUCUUGUGGAUGAUCAAACAAAUUCUCUUAAAAUCAACAAUGUCGUUGUUGAUGCGGGCGCGCAGGGUCGCGGCUAUGGAUAUUGGAUGAUGAAAUAUGCAGAGACGGAGGCUCGGCAGCGUGGAUUACCACGUGUUACUCUUUUUACAAAUGUAAAGAUGACUGAGAAUGUUGGGUUCUAUGGGAAACUGGGGUUUGUUGAGACAGAGAGGAAGUUGGAGGAUGGGUUUGAACGUAUAUAUUUCUGUAAGCGCUUGUGA